AUGAAGAAUAAUGAUUUGAGUACUGAUGGGGAAGAGAAAAUGAAUCUCGAUCUUCUCCAUAACGAUUGCAAGAUUGAAAUCUCAGAAGGGUUUGAGGGGAAAAGGCAGAAGAAAGUUUAUUCAAGGAAGGAAUUAGAAGGAUUAAGGCACGUAGGUAUAGAUUGCCAGAGGAAGAGAUGGUCUGAAAUAUAUUGUGGACUUGGACCUGUUGUGCAGCAAGAAUAUGAUGAUGGAUUGGUUGAUGAUGAUCUCAUAAUCAGUAUAAAACCCAGAAGCGGAAAAAGUCCUCCCCUGUGGAUUUCAAUGGCGGAUUUUGAAUUGAACAGAUCAAACCAGAAUUUUAAUUCUGGUCCUCUAGAAGAUGGGUUAGAAUAUCUGAGAAGUGUGAGGUAUGGAGCUACACAGGUUCCCCAGGUGAAAGUUGCCAAGGUUGAUAAGAGUAGAUUUAACAAGGUACAAACCAAUUAUAUGCCUCAAAUACCAGAUUUUGCCAAGUGUUCGGAGAAAUUAAUGCCGCUCAAAAAAUGGGAUGAUGUAUUUCUUAGUAUGUCUGAAGACUUGAGGAUGGAGUUAUCAAAUUAUGGAGCUUCUGGAGGGCAGUUGCAGACUUCCUCCUCCAAACUUUCUGAAAUCACCCUGCUUAAGAAUUUUGAUUCUACAUCAUGUGAAGGAGACUCCUGCCAAUCUACACUGUCCGGUAUAUCUCAAACCAAUGGCAUCACGGACUGUUUUUCUGUUGCCGUCAAUAACUAUCCUUCAGGUUCUGUAGAGAGUUUUGGUCCAAAACCAUCUGAAAGACUAGCUUCUGUUGAACAGCCUACCCUGUCGGCAAUUAUACAGAUGGAUUCUGUGGCGCGAGUUUCAGCACUGAGGAAGCGCAUAAAAAUGGCAGAAAGUACGAGUAUUUUAUCCUGGAAUGAUUGCUUAUGGCUGUUUGCUCUGUCUGCUGCAGUUGAUUCUCCUCUUGAUGCUGACACUUGUGCAUCCUUUCGAUCAUUACUACGAAAAUGUGCCUCGUUGAGAGCUGAAAAGUCGGUUGUGGAUGAAGAGGUUGCCAUGCUUAAUAUCCUUGCAACCAUAGCUGGGAGAUACUUUGGACAACUAGGAAAUUUGAAUCCUUGA